AGCUCCCCGCGGGCGAAGCUGGGCGUCGGGUGCGAUAGCCCGGGCCGCCCCUCGGGCCGCCGCCCCGCGCCUGCCCGCGCUCCCCAUCGCGCGCUCCCCACGCCCAGCCCGGAGCCUCCGCGGGGCGCCCUCCAGUCCCCUCCCCCUCCGCCUCGCGCCCUCCCCGGGGCUGCGACACCCCCGCGGCCCCGCCGCGCGGAGCUCCAGGCCAUGGGCUCGGGGCGCGUCCCCGGGCUCUGCCUGCUCGUCCUGCUGGUCCACGCGCGCGCCGCCCAGCAUGGCAAAGCUGCGCAAGAUGUAGACGAGUGUGUGGAAGGCACGGACCACUGCCACAUCGAUGCCAUCUGCCAGAACACCCCGAGGUCGUACAAGUGUAUCUGCAAGUCCGGCUACACGGGGGACGGCAAACACUGCAAAGACGUGGACGAGUGUGAACGAGAGGACAACGCAGGCUGUGUGCACGACUGUGUCAACAUCCCUGGUAAUUACCGGUGUACCUGCUACGACGGAUUCCACCUGGCACACGACGGACACAACUGUCUGGACGUAGACGAGUGUGCGGAGGGCAACGGUGGCUGCCAGCAGAGUUGUGUCAACAUGAUGGGGAGCUACGAAUGCCACUGCCGAGAGGGCUUCUUCCUCAGCGACAACCAGCACACCUGUAUCCAGCGGCCGGAAGAAGGAAUGAACUGCAUGAACAAAAACCACGGCUGUGCUCACAUUUGCCGGGAGACCCCCAAGGGGGGCAUUGCCUGUGAGUGCCGCCCUGGCUUCGAGCUCACCAAGAACCAGCGGGACUGUAAAUUGACCUGCAACUAUGGUAACGGCGGCUGCCAGCACACGUGUGAUGACACGGAGCAGGGUCCCCGGUGCGGCUGCCACGUCAAGUUUGUGCUCCAUACCGACGGAAAGACGUGCAUUGAGACUUGUGCUGUCAACAAUGGAGGCUGUGACAGUAAAUGCCACGAUGCAGCGACCGGUGUCCACUGCAGCUGCCCUGUGGGUUUCAUGUUGCAGCCAGAUAGAAAGACCUGCAAAGACAUAGACGAGUGUCGCUUAAACAACGGGGGCUGUGACCACAUCUGCCGCAACACAGUGGGCAGCUUUGAAUGCAGCUGCAAGAAGGGCUACAAGCUUCUCAUCAACGAAAGGAGCUGCCAGGAUAUAGAUGAGUGCUCCUUUGACCGGACCUGUGACCACAUGUGUGUCAACACCCCAGGAAGCUUCCAGUGUCUCUGUCAUCGAGGUUACCUUCUGUAUGGUGUCACUCAUUGUGGGGAUGUGGAUGAGUGCAGUAUCAAUAAGGGAGGCUGCCGCUUUGGCUGCAUCAACACCCCUGGCAGCUAUCAAUGUACCUGCCCGGCAGGCCAGGGCCGCCUUCACUGGAAUGGAAAGGACUGCACAGAGCCGGUGAAGUGUCAGAGCAGCCCUGGAGCCUCAAAAGCCAUGCUCAGCUGCAAUCGCUCGGGCAAGAAGGACACCUGUGCCCUGACCUGUCCCUCCCGGGCCCGGUUCUUGCCAGAGUCGGAGACCGGGUUCACAGUGAGCUGUGGCACCCCGAGCCCCAAAGCUGCAGCCCGAGUCACCCACCCUGGGAACAGCACCGCCUCCGGCUCCUGCCAUGAGGCCGCAGUGCUGCCCGUCAAGCAGAGGGCCUCCUUCAAGAUCAAGGAUGCCAAAUGUCGCCUGCAUCUGCGGAACAGAGGCAAAGCAGAGGAAGCCGGCCGAGUCCCGGGGCCAGGUGGUGCCCCCUGCUCUGACUGCCAGGUCACCUUCAUCCACCUGAAGUGUGACUCCUCUCGGAAGGGCAAGGGCAGACGGGCCCGGACCCCUCCAGGCAAGGAGGUUACCCGGCUCACCCUGGAAUUAGAAGCUGAGGUCAGAGCAGAAGAAACCACAGCUGGCUGUGGGCUGCCUUGCCUCCGACAACGGAUGGAACGAAGGCUGAAAGGCUCCCUGAAGAUGCUCAGAAAGUCCAUCAACCAGGACCGCUUCCUGCUGCGUCUGGCAGGCCUUGACUAUGAGCUAGCCCACAAACCAGGCCUGGCAGCUGGGGACCGAGCAGAGCUGGUGGAGGCCUGCCGCCCCGGGCAGCACCGAGCAGGCACCAAGUGUGUCAGCUGCCCGCAGGGAACGUAUUACCACGGCCAGACGGAGCAGUGUGUGCCAUGCCCAGCGGGCACCUUCCAGGAGAGGGAAGGGCAGCUCUCCUGCGACCUUUGCCCUGGGAGUGAUGCCCACGGGCCUCUUGGAGCCACCAACGUCACCACGUGUGCAGGUCAGUGCUCACCUGGUCAACAUUCAGGAGAUGGGUUUAAGCCCUGCCAGCCAUGCCCACGCGGCACCUAUCAGCCUGAAGCCGGCCGGACCCUGUGCUUCCCCUGUGGUGGAGGGCUCACUACCAAGCACGAAGGGGCGGUCUCCUUCCAGGACUGUGACACCAAAGUCCAGUGCUCCCCGGGCCACUACUACAACACCAGCAUCCAUCGCUGUAUCCGCUGUGCCGUGGGCUCCUACCAGCCAGACUUCCGUCAGAACUUCUGCACCCGCUGCCCAGGAAAUACAAGCACUGACUUUGAUGGCUCUACCAGCGUGGCCCAGUGCAAGAACCGGCAGUGUGGCGGGGAGCUAGGCGAGUUCACCGGCUACAUCGAGUCUCCCAACUACCCGGGCAACUACCCGGCCGGUGUGGAGUGCAUCUGGAACAUCAACCCCCCACCCAAGCGCAAGAUCCUCAUCGUGGUCCCCGAGAUCUUCCUGCCAUCCGAGGACGAGUGUGGGGACGUCCUGGUCAUGAGGAAGAACUCCUCCCCAUCCUCCAUCACCACCUACGAGACCUGCCAGACCUAUGAGCGGCCCAUUGCCUUCACGGCCCGUUCCAGGAAACUCUGGAUCAACUUCAAGACCAGUGAGGCCAACAGCGCUCGAGGCUUCCAGAUUCCCUAUGUGACCUACGAUGAGGACUAUGAGCAGCUGGUGGAAGACAUAGUGCGGGAUGGCCGGCUCUACGCCUCUGAGAACCACCAGGAGAUCCUAAAGGACAAGAAGCUUAUCAAGGCCUUCUUCGAGGUGCUGGCCCACCCCCAAAACUACUUCAAGUACACAGAGAAGCACAAGGAGAUGCUGCCGAAGUCCUUCAUCAAGUUACUGCGCUCCAAAGUCUCCAGCUUCCUGCGGCCUUACAAAUAGUGCCUGUGGGCCCCAGACCCCGGUCUCAGAGCUCCCACCUCCCUGGCCCUUAGAGCCGGCACCCCAACCUCAGACAAAAAACUGUCCUCUCCUCUUGGAGGAGAAAUCUCACCACACCAGCCACUGUCCCCUUCCACCUUUCUGGUUACCUUGUCUUCUUUCUGUCUCUCUCCUGGAAGUCACUCAGUGCUGUCUCUGUUCCCCCCAGAGGUGAAGGAAUAGACACCCUCUAUUCCUCUACCAUCAUAGUGUGGUGCCUUGCUAGCCAGGAGCCAAAACACCCCCCCAUUGGCCCCCGUGCUCUCCAUAGUGACUCUUCACAGCCCAGAGUCCUGCCAAAGAAGCCUUUGCCAUAGCAGCCUUAUGCCCAGGCCAGGCUGCUGGGCACACAGUUUGAGCCCUGGGGUGCCCACACAGUUGGCGUUCUCACCUGUAGAGCUGGCUGUCAUCUGCCUGGGGCUAACUCCAUAGGGUUUACAAGUGAUGUGAUCCAUACCGCUGGGCAGGCAAACCCCUGCGGGGUAAGGGAGAGCAGCAGGCAGGGGCCCCUGGACAUACAAAGCUCUCAGAUUGCUCUGCAGGACAGAAAGCAAGCUUUUAAGACAUUGCCCAAAACAGAAAGAAAAAAAUGUGUCACCUAAAGGAGCUUCCUACAGAACAAGUGGAAGCCGACCUCAAACACUAACCCUUCUCUUGCCAGUCCUCCCUGCCUAGCUGUGCCCUCACCCUAUCCAAGGGCUCCCUGGGGGAGGCCUAUCCCCCCCCCCAGUGCUGUCCUUAGAGAAGCCUGGCUGCUGACCCUCCCAGCCUAAAUCCUGCUCCUCCGCUGUGUUUCCCUUGCAGCCCCAGGCGGCUUGUGGGCGCCACCUAAGAGAACCCCACUCCCGCAGCCUGGAGCUGCAACCUCUAGCCUCAGGCUGUGGGCAUGGGAGGAGUGUGUGAGCGCCCUUGGCAAGCUGCCGGUCCACCCUCUCCACGCCUGACAAGUGCAAUCAUUUUGAGUCUUUCUAUGUGUCUAGAGGGAGGGGGGUUGUUUUUUGUUUGUUUCUUUUUCCUCUUAGAAUAACCUAUUUAUAGCUGCCCAAGACAGAAAGGUUUGUGAGUGCGUUGGGGGCGGAGGAACAGCAGUUUGACUGUCAGGGAGCCCUGAGCCCUGGAGCACCUCAUCUGCCUCUGCCCUCCCUGAAGCCACCCAGAACGUACGGCAAUCCCUCAGAGGCGCCCAAAGCAUAGGAGACUAACUAGCUCUGGUAACUUGACAGGGCAGGAGGAAGAGGCUUCCUGACUGAGCCGAUCCUGCCUGCCUUGUGUCUCUCUGUGGAGUCAUGGUUACAGAUGCAGAUGGAAUUGGUCAGGAAUCUUCUGCAAGUAGAGACAACCUCUGUCUUUCCUGCCUUCAUGCUCUCCUGACAUGACAUGGAAGGGGAUCGGGAUAAACUCUAGAGAUGGCCAGCGCAGGCUCCCAAGGCUUCCAGAGAAGGCUGGAGCAGCCUAGAAUUGGACUGUUAUCCAUGUAUGAAGCUCGCAAAGGACAAGAACCAGACAUGAGCCUGACACUGGCCACCUGCCCCUUGGAGCUGACUUCAAGCCUGUUUCAACUACUGUUUUUCAAAAGGAAGAAUGGAGUCUGUGCCCAGGCCCAGGCUCUGCCUAUGCUCCACCCGUAACCCAGUUGCUGCCUGUAAAGUCUCCAAUUGUCCCUUCUCGUUCCCCCCAGGCCGUAGUCCUGGACAGCCACCCACGACUCCUCAGGUCCCACUCUAGGUAACUGCCAAGAGAUUUGACUACCGAAUAGUCUGAUCCCCACACACACCAGCCAACAGCAGACAAAGCUAGCUUCCUGGAUGUGUUAGUCAACACGGUGGGGGUGAAGUGGAGGUCAGAGAUGUAUUACAAAGCUGUUGAAUGGCUUCAUACAAUGAAUGCACAUUUAGUGGGGAUCUCCGUGCUUCCCCAAAAGUGCCACAGAACAGCCUGAAUGGAGCCUGACCAUCUAGAAGCACGGAUAACUGCCAAGUCUGCUCUCCAGGCCGGCCGUACAGCCAGCUCCUGGAAAGCCACACCAUAAGAUGCCUCCCAGCGUCUGCCUCUAGGGUAUGGCUUCUUUGCUCUCCCUCCCCAGCUCACCAGACACGGCGCGGACACUCUAACCGUUUAUUCUAUGGCUGACGGGGCCAUACGUGAGAGCCAUCGAAUGGAGAGAGCAGGUCACUAGACUGGGCUGAUAACACGAUGGACGGAGAUCAAACACGACUUGCUACUGUCAACCAAGUUGGCAGCGAGGAAUCCAGGCAGAGCUGUUGUGGAACUUACAGGGGAUCCUGGUCCUGAGGAGCCUCACUCUGGGGCCUGUGUGGAUUGAGGGAGGAGUUAAGAACUCAGGGACUUUCUAGGACUGCACAGGUUGGACGUGAGAGGUUCCAGAAGGAAGUGGGGGGAUGGGAAGAUGGUGUGAACAGGAACCCUUCGUGAACUGACCCAGAAGCUUCUCUGUGGGCUGUGGUGCCCACACAUAACCAUUUGAGGUCACGUAACCAUGGCACCUCAUCCAUCCUAGCACAAGACCUGCCCUGAACUGAGUCCCAGAGUGGGAUGCCACUUCCACGAGUGCUCCAAGCACCGAGUGACACGUCAGGCAGGCACCUAAAGCCUCAGCAGCACCUCGAUGCCUCUUUAGCCUUCUAUCUCUGUGUCCUCAGCCCAGCCAAUCCCCAAGCCUGAGGGAAAUAGGAGAAAACCCAACCAGAGCCUGGAUGUUAGGUGCCCACCCUAUGCCUUCCGUGAUCCUUUGAGGACUGCCACUGGGUCUCGAUACACUCAUUUCCCCAGGGAUGUGGAGGUGGGGAAGACAGGUUUAUUGCUUCAAGUUCAGCGGUACAGUCUGGGCUCUGGCUGCCAGGGGUCUUUGUGAAUCUGUGAAGUGUUCUCCAUGUGCCGUGUCUGAGGCGACUCUUAACAGGAGUAGGAAGUUGGAUCUCAGUAUAUAAGAAAAAGCUAUAGCACAUUUGAGGUGCUGUGCUGCUGAGCUUCAGAGCAGGGGGAGCAGAGGCUACAUGUAACCGACCCCAAGCAGAGCAUGGUACCCCGCCUGGUUCCUUUCUCUGGCAGACACCACGAAGGAAACCUUUACAUCGGACCUGUCUCAAAGCUGUCACACUCUGUCUUUCCGCCAUUGUUUGGACUAGGAAUCCUUUGAGAACUGGAAGGAUUAGAAGCCCACGUCCUGCGAUCGGCUUACCAAGACAAAACAAUGGUAGCCGUUUGGACGAGCUCAACACCUUGUUCUGUGUGAGUCGAAAUUUCAGAGGAUAACUAUCAUGUGGACGGCUUUUUUUUUUUUUUUUUUUUUUUAAUUGGAAAGAAAAUCUCCAAAUACUGUAUUUAUAUCUGCCUUCCACUGCCCCCAUCUGGCAAGCAUCUCAGUCGACAAUAGAUAGCAGCAAUGUGGUACACAGAGUAUUUUGCACUUGGGGAAAAAAAAAUUAUGUAUCUGAACUUGUAAAAAGGAAUGUUUGGAUUUUGUAUUGUCUUUUUUAUAUUAUUAAAAUACUAAAUG